AUGCUUGAUGAGGCGGUGAGCGCUAUGCGUUCUCUGCAUACAGCAGCGAGAGAAUCUGUGAAACAGGUACAGGAAGCAAUACCUGCUGCUGCGGUGUCUGUACAGUGGGCAGAGGAAGCAGCACCACAUAUUGCUGCACUUGUUAGUGAAGAUUACUCUCAAGCUUUGCUGCUGCUGAUGCGAUCGCUGCAGCAAGACGCAGAGGAGCUUCAGAACGAAGCAGCAGAGCUCAUCGAGCAACAAAUACAAGCAUCAGCACAAUCUAUAGAUAAAAUAGAAACUAUAUUCGAAAUGCAUGAAGAGGAUAUAAGAGCUGCUGCCAUGGGGGGUACACUCAAGGUGGGGGGGACCCUCAUGCAGGUGCAGCAGCAGCUGAAAGCGAUAAAAAAGAAGCAGAAUGUGCUACAGAAUAUAGGAGAACAAGAGCAGAUGGGUGGGGUUGUACAACGCCCCUUGGCUCUGGCUAGGAGACAUGUAGUUAAUAUACUGCUGCUGCAGAUACUGCUGCAGCUGAUGCUGAUCCUGAUCGUGCUUGAUGCAGCGGAUACUCCUCCUAUAGCAUCGCGCAAGAGCGGAGCAGCAACAGCAGCAGCAGCUGGUGGAACACCAGCAGCUGGUGCAGCAGCAGCAGCGGGUGCAGCAGCAGCAGCAGCAGCUGAGGCAUCUCGGGAGCGGCAUCUUUGGAAGAUGUCGAGGGCGCUGCUGUACAGGCAGAAAGGAGUAGGGCCAUCAACAGCAUUCACAGAGGUGCUGCUCAGCUGCGUGAAACCAAAGCAACAUAUUCAGCAGCAGCAGCAGCAGCAGCAGCAGCAACAGCAGCAGCAGCAGGUGCUGGGCCACGGCGCCGCUGAGGCAUCUGCUGUCUGUACACCCCACGGACUUGUGCUGUCUGCAGCGAGAGACGGAGAUGCAGGAUCGUCUCCUUUGCCUCGAUCCCGGGGCACCGAGUGGAGGGACACACAGAUGGAGACGUUUCACCGUCAUCGGCUUCAGCGCACAACAGCAGCAGCAGCAGCAGCAGCAGCAGCAGCAGAGGAGCUCUGA